AUGGCGAAAGUAACAUCCCGCCUAAACGUGGCCCCCGUGCCACCGGACGAGAUCUUCGCUCUGAACCACGCCUUCGGCGUCGACACUCACCCCCAGAAAGUGAGUCUGGGCGUGGGCGUCUACCGCACCGACGACGGCAAGCCAUGGCCACUCCCCGUGGUGCAAAAGGCCGAGAAGGAGCUCGAGGCUGAGUCUGACGCCUUCCGCCACGAGUACACGGCCAUCGAAGGCGAUGCGCCGUUCCUGCCCUUGGCGCGGGAUCUGAUGUUUGGAUUUGAGGGAAAGCCCAGUGAAGAAGAGGCAAAGGCGCGCAUUGCAACUGUCCAGACGGUGGCCGGGACCGGCGCGAACCACCUCGGCGCUUUGUUCCUGGCGCACCACAUGAGACCGCGCUCGGUGUGGCUCUCGAAUCCCUCCUGGGCGAACCACAUGACGAUCUGGGAACUGGCUGGGAUUCCGCGCAAGACGUACCCAUACUACCACGCGUCGACGCGGGCAUUCGAUUUCGACGGCAUGAUGAGCACUCUUGAGAACGACGCCGAGGAAGGCGACGUGGUGCUUCUCCACGCGUGCGCGCAUAAUCCCACCGGUCUGGAUCCAAGCAAGGAGCAGUGGAUUGCCAUCGCCGAACUCUGCGAGCGCAAGAAACUCUUCCCUUUCUUCGACUCCGCGUACCAGGGUUUUGCUUCCGGGUCGGUGGAAGAAGAUGCUUGGGCGGUGAGGUAUUUCUUUACUGAGAAGCCGGAUAUGGAGAUGUGUGUUGCGCAGAGCUUCUCUAAGAACUUUGGAUUGUAUGGCGACCGCGUUGGCGCGUUUCACUACGUUACCAAUCGGGCGUCGAGUAGUCUGCGCGAUGUGGUGGUUAAUAAUCUGUGCCAUUUGAUCCGCGGCGAGUUCAGCAUGGGUCCGCGUGCUGGCACGGCGAUUGUGAAGAAGGUGCUUAGUGAUGAGGCGCUGGUCAAGGAGUGGCAUGAGGAUUUGAGGGUGAUGAGCUCGCGUAUCCGGUCGAUGCGUGAGGCGCUGUAUGCUGAGCUUGUGAGACUGCAGACGCCGGGGACGUGGGAGCAUAUUGUUCAGCAGAAUGGCAUGUUCUCCUACACCGGUCUGACCCUGAAGCAGGUCUACGCUCUCAAGGAUCAGUACCAUAUCUACCUGCUCAAAUCGGGACGAGCGUCUAUUAGCGGCCUGAGCAAGAAGAAUGUCGCCUACGUCGCGCAGGCUAUCGACUACGUUGUCCGCAACGUGAACUGA